AUGUUGCUGGGAAAAGGGUACACAUGGAAGACGGCCAAGACACGGUUGCCGCCGUCACGGCAGCUUCUUCAUUCGCUGAGGAAUCCGCGAUUCCUGUUGGGAUUCGGCUUGUUCACGCUCUUCAUUGUGCUGUGGCGGUCGCUGAGCCCAAUGGCGGGAGAGGUACAGAGGUUCUCUUGCUUCGGUCCCUCGAAGCCUCCCAUGCGCAUGAGUGCGAACGAAGCCGAGGACUGGCAUGCCCAUAUGCAGACGCCUGUCAUUUUCAACCACCAUACGCCUGUCGAGAUCAACGAGACUGAGGUGCAAUAUGUGAACCUCAAUGGCAUCGACUCCACUAUAGACGCCGUACGCAACAAGGAGCGUAUGUUGAUCGUCACGCCCCUGAAGGAUGCCUCGAAGCACCUCGCAACCCACUUCGACCUCCUCGUGCAGCUUACCUACCCGCACGAACUCAUCGACCUGGCUUUCCUCGUCGGCGAUACAAGCGAUGAUACCCUAGCAAUUCUAGCAAUGGAGCUCGAGAGGAUCCAGACAAACCCGGACGUCGCAUUUCGAUCAACCAUGAUUGUACAAAAGGACUUUGGCGUCAACAUCAAGCAGGAGGUCAAGGACCGACACAAGUUUGAGAACCAAGGCCCGAGGAGGAAGGCCAUGGGUCGAGCGAGGAACUAUCUGCUCGCCACUGCACUAAAGCCCGAACACAGCUGGGUCUACUGGCGCGACGUCGACAUCGUUGACAGCCCCAAGUCCAUCAUCGAAGACUUCAUCGCACACGAUCGCGACGUGCUCGUUCCCAACGUCUGGUUCCACCGCUACGAGAAGCGACAUGGCGAAGUCUUUGACAUUGAAGGACGCUUCGAUUACAACUCCUGGCAAGAAUCCCCCCAAGGUCUCGCCCUCGCCGCCACACUCCCCAAAUCCGUCGUCCUCGCAGAAGGCUACAAGCAAUUCCCCACCAAUCGCAAAUACAUGGCCCUCACCGGCGAUCCGCGCGCCAACAAGGACGAGGAAAUGCCCCUCGAUGGCAUUGGCGGCGUCAACAUCAUCGUCAAGGCGGAUGUGCAUCGUAGCGGCAUCAACUUCCCCGCGUAUGCUUUUGAGAACCAGGCGGAGACGGAGGGGUUUGCGAAGAUGGCGAAGAGGGCGGGGUAUGGGGUUUAUGGAUUGCCGAAUUAUAUCGUCUGGCAUGUGGAUACCGAGGAGAAGCCGGGGAAUGUUUAG